AUGGAUCAAGCAGUACCAAGUGGAAAUGAACCUAAGGAAAGUGACUCAAAAUCGCAAAAACCAUCCAGACUGGAGUUCUUACUGCAUCCUCACAAGCAUAAAGAAAUUGAAGAGGACCUUAACCGGCGACACAGGACCUUCGAGAGUAAUUACGAUGAAACAAAGAAGAAGUUAGGUCAGCUAGAAUCUCAGACGUCGGCUUGGUGUGAAAGUGCUUGUUCUGUGCUUUGUGAUGCCAGGGAGUGUCUCCCUUCAGACGAAGAGCUGCAGGCCCUAAUAGGUAUCCAUGAGUCACUUGGGCAAGUUGAGAAAGAGAGUCAGGCGGGGAAUUGUGUUGCACAGAAACAGUCUCCGUUCAGUGGAAUUGGACAUGGGACGCUAGUAGUACUAAGAUCUCGUUUAGAAGAGCAGGUGGAAGGUCAAAUACCUAAGUUUCAUCGCACUUUUAUUUUGGGAAGCAAUCCUGCAUACAAUGCCCGCAUUAGGCUCCGAGGAAAUCGGCGUCAUCAGAGUGCUUUGAAGGACAAGAGAAUUAGAAGCUGCUUUGAACAUAUCUGGACAUUUGGAACUAAUAAAGACUGGGUCGGUCUCAAAAAAUCAUUGGAAGCAUUGAAGUCUGCUGUAGAUACUCUUAAAAACGUCUUAGGCAACCCUUCUUUCUUGUCAGUCUGGGACUCUGAUACCGAAGUUUCCCGACUUUCUAAAUGGUUCUACAAAAUAAAACCCGAGUCAUCCCGUAUUCUGAAAGGCAAGAUGAAGGCUAACGCAAAAAGUGUGAAGUCUUUAGACCAAAUAAUGAGCGAAUUGAAAAGCUUAAGCGUAAAGGCUGAUCAAAUAAUACAGGAAAGGAGAGAGAAUGUUGAACUUGAGAAGCAGCUUGAAGAAUUCGAUAUUGAGUUGAGGAAACCAGCACUUUUAUGGAGGGCGAGACAUCCAGAAGAGUCUCUGGAGAACCCGAAGAGACGCGAGAACUCGGAGUCGAGAAGGGAUUCAGCAACGACAACCCGACAGGAGACACUAGGCAUAUUUGAAUCUCUGAUCAAGGAGAAGAUGGAAAAAGAAAUAUCCAGUUUCUACGAAACAUUCGUAUUGGGACAUAAUACUGUAGACAGUGUCAACAAAAAUGCCCCAGAUGAACGAGAUCGUCAGGCUGCUUUGAACGACAACAGAAUCAGAAACUACUUUGAGUGCAUCCGGUUAUUUGCUGAAAAGGAAGAAUGGGAUGAUGUCCAGAAAUCAAUGUGGUCACUAUUAUCCGCUACAGUCGCCCUUGAUGAAGUCUUGCAUGACCAUGCUUACCGGCGUAUCUGGAAGCGUUUUGAUAACAACGUUGUUAAACUUUUUAAAGUGUUCCGGAAGGUAGAAUCCAAGUUGUCCCUGUUUGCGGACGACAACAGGAAAGAUUGCACAAGUCCAGAGUUCCUGAAUGAAUUACUAAGUAAAUUGAAGAGCCUAGACGCAAAGGCUGAUUUGCUCAAAGCUGAACCGAUUAAGAUCGAAAGGAUUAGACAGGCCUUACAAGCCUUCGAUGAUGAGUUGAAGAAACCUGUACUUUUAUGGAAGGAAAGACAUCCAGGAGAUUCACUGGAAGGUAAAAAGACAAGCAAGCAUUCUAGUUCCAGGAGGGAUUCAGCAACGAGAGGCUCACAGGAUCGGGUCGAGGCGCAACACCGAAAAGUGAUUUUAAUCAUAAACACAGGUCUCCUGUGUAUCCCUCGAGGCGUUGCAGAAAGACGCCUGAAAUCUGUGAAGUCUAUUGGAGUCGGAUCGAUAGUUCUAUGUCAAUAG